UAAUUUCAACAUUUGCUUUAACUAACUAUCUAUAGUUGUCUUUUUGGAACGAAUGUGCCUCAAAGCAAGGUCAUUUUUUUGCCAUAUGUGUAUACUCUACUAAACAAAGAGAAACAUGUAUGAAUUGGAAUCGCCUAGAAGCCAAGCUAGUUCUUGGAUAGUUCCAAUUGAUACAAAAUAGGUUUAUCCAAAGAUCUCGAGUUUGGAUGAAGCCACCUUAACCAAAGGCCUCGAGUUCAUAUACCUCCACUUGCUACAAGAGCAUCCUAAUACACAAACCAUGUCCCUAUUCAAAUUCAAAUUAGUCAAGGUAUGAUAAGUCUGGAUUACAUCAUAACCGAGUCAAGUUAUCUUAGCCCCCCCAAAAAAAAAAAAAAAAAAAAAAAAGGAUUCCAUCCCAAUGAUUUACCUUGGGGAAAUGAUUAAUCAAUACUUUAUAUAAAGUAAACAAAAUUUAAAUAUGGUUGGACUUUGCCAUAAUCACAAGAAGAAUAUUGCAGCAUUUAUGAAGAUAUCCCUCCCCAUGCUCCCACCGGUCUCUACACACUACAUUAUAAAAGAACAACAUCCAUAGCUUUCAAAUCACUCUCACAAGAAAUCAUACUAUUCCCAACUUUUUCCAUAAAUGCUUUUCAUACAUUAUUAUUAUUAACCCUUUUUUUCCACAACUUUCCCAAGUACACUACUACAAUAAGUCUACUACUAUUUAUUUCCACCACCUUUCUCUCUUAUAUGAUCAAAUAUAUAUAACACCAACAUUACAACCUAAUAUCACACAACAAGUAGUCCCUCUUAUCAUUUUAACAAUUUAUCGUAAACAAGCAUACACAGUCAAAAUGGGAAAAACAUUCGAAGAGAUAAAACAUACGACGGUCCAAGUAAAUGGCAUAAACAUGCAUUAUGCUGAAAAGGGUGAAGGACCAAUAGUACUAUUACUUCAUGGUUUUCCAGAGUUAUGGUACUCUUGGAGACACCAGAUUACUGCCCUAGCAUCCAACGGUUACCAUGCAAUUGCUCCAGAUCUAAGGGGUUUUGGUGACUCUGAUAUUCUACCUUGUAGUUCAAAUUAUACUUGCUUUCAUUUAGUUGGGGAUCUUAUUGGGCUUCUUGAUCUACUUGAUGUGGAUCAAGUCCUUCUUGUGGCCCAUGAUAUGGGUGCUAUGGUGGGCUGGUAUCUUUGCAUGUUUAGGCCCGAUAGGAUUAAGGCCUUUGUCUCUCUUUCGGUUCCGUUUCGGCCCAGGAACCCUAAGUUGAAGCCCAUUCAAACUCUCAGAGCUUUUUUGGGUGAUGAUUACUAUAUGUGCAGAUUUCAGGAACCUGGAGAUAUUGAAGCUGAAAUAAAAGAAUAUGGUGUGAAGCAUGUCUUGAAGAAAAUACUGACGUCACGUGAUCCAGGUGCACCAAUGCUGCCCAAAGGAAAAGCUUUUGGUGACUACCCUGAUAAUUCUAUAACCUUGCCUUCUUGGCUAUCUGAGGAAGAUAUCAACUACUAUGCAUCCAAAUACGAGCGCAACGGCUUCACCGGUCCUUUGAACCACUACCGGAACUUGGACUGGAACUGGGAGCUGACAGCGCCUUGGACAGGCGUGCAGGUAAAGGUACCAGCGAAGCUAGUCGUGGGAGACUUAGACAUGGUGUAUAAUACGAUCGGAGUUAAGGAAUAUGUGCACAAAGGAGGGUUCAAGAAAGACGUGCCUUUGCUCGAGGAAGUAGUGGUGUUGGAAGGAGUUGGUCACUUCAUCAACCAAGAGAAAACUAAGGAAGUCAAUGAGCACAUCAUUGAGUUCUUCAGCAAGUUUUAAUCUUUCAUCUUGGCUCUUGUGUUUCUCAUGAACGGGGUGGUAUGUACGAAAUCGUUUGUUUAAAUGUAGUAUGGUUAAUGGUUCUUCUGAACCUUAUAUCGUCGUGUGUUUUCUCAUAAACAAUAAGAAACUCUAGGUUCAAUGUUAUGUUCUUGUACACUGGAGUAGAGUAAUCUUAUUGUAGAUUAGCAGUACUAAUGUAAAAAUGUGUAGUUUUAUUUAUUUAUUCUACUGGUCAGUGGUCACUACUGUUGGUCCUAUAUGGUA